AUGUCUACGUUUACAGUUCUGGUUCAUCUCCUAAUCUGUUUCACGUACAGUGCAGCAGACGACAACAAACCGGAACAAAUUCACAUCGCUUACACCGGUAUUUCCAGCGAGAGAAUUGUGAAUUACGUGACGCCGUCGCCGGAAUUACAACCAGGGACAGUCGUGGCUUAUGGAACUAGCCCAGAUAAGUUAACCAGAAAGGAAACUGGAACAUCGUUCAAGUUCGGCACCCACGGACAUUAUUUUAGAAUUCAUAACGUGAAGGUAAGAAGAACUAUGUUAAAUAUUAUUAGGAGUGCAUCUCUAAGAGACCUUGGAUCAACCCCGCAGUUUUAGUAAAAUCGUCUAAAUUAAAGAGUAGAGAAAUUGUUUUGCAAGUUUUCUACUAGAUGAAUACACAGAGAGAAGGAGUCUACUCAAAUAUUUAUAAACACGACUUGAAACAGAAGGUACUCGAUUUUUAGGAUUUCCGGUCGGAAGUGAUUUCGAUUCCACAAAGCCACACAAACAGUCGUAAAGCAAACUGUUAAUUUUACUGAAACCUACGAUGGUCUACCAUCUAUACUUUAAGAAUGAACUAAUUGUAUCCAUUCCCUUCUUGAAAAAUCCGUCAAUGGAACCAAAGCUCACAUGUUACAAUUUUUUCAGCUAUGUCAUUAUUUUUAAUGGAACGUCACGCAAUUUUCUAUUUCAUUAAAUGUUACGUCAUGUUAUAAAGUUAACAGGUCUUGAGCCUAACACGCGUUACUACUACCAAGUUGGUGUACCAGACAAUGGAACCAGUGAAGUCAUGUCUUUCUUUACUAAAGAAGGCAACCCAGUUUUCGCGGUGAGUUCAACUGAUGUAAUGUCUCGAUUCAUAAUUCAGUUACCUUAUCCCGAAACAAAUUCAAGGUGUCAAGGGGUUAGCAAAAAAAUUUGUUUAUGAAUAAAUAGGUACAUUAUUAGUUAAAAAAAUAUAUGAGUCUUUACCUUUCCGCCGUAACUUCAAUGAUACGAGGUGUAUUUUUUUUUCACGGACUCUCCCUUUAAAACUUUAAACUGAACAUAUACUUUUCCAUCAUGUUCAAAAUAUGCAUCGUUUUGCCCAUCUUCAGAUGAAAUGAAAAAAUUACAUCGUUGUAACAGGACCUAUAGAAAUAAGUGAUGAUUACGUAAUACUCCCAAAAGGAUUUUUUUCAGGAUAAAUCUUCUAAACGACGCAUCUUUUGAGCCAUGCAAAAGUUUUUUUUUCUCUUAAAAGUAAUAUUAUGCCGUAAUUAGACCCUUUCCUGACCUUAUCGGACGCGGGAUCGUGCCAAGACUUUCUCCACUGAAAUUAGAAAAGUAUGUCUCCAACCAUCAAACUUGCCUCGUCUGAGUGAAAAACCGUUGUGGCUAGUCCUCUCCCGUAAAACAGUGAACGAACAACUCCAUAUUAAUGCUAUUGUCAUUAUUGUUUGAUAGAUAUAUGGAGAUAUGGGCUACACAAAUGCUGUAAGCCUGAAUCGACUUAUCAAGGAAGCAAGCGAUGGAGAUUUUGACGCUGUAAUUCACGCUGGAGGUACAGGCAACUAUUCUGCAUCACUUAAGCACCCUAUUUUGUUACUGUAAUUUCUGACCUUCAAUAUAAGUUUGCCUGUACAAGUUGAAAUCAUGAUUUAGUUCAGAUUUCACGUAGCAUGUGACAAACUUUCUCCGACAGAGGCGGAUGAGUUUUUGUGUAAUUUUAGAGUUGAUGUAAUUUCACCUUUUAUACUCAGAUACAUUCGGGGUUUCACUUGCUCUAACGACGAUUUUCAUUGGCUAAUUGGUAAUUUAUUACUUCUAGACCUUGCUUAUGAUAUGUAUGAAAAAGACGGAACCACUGGAGAUGAGUAAGUAUGGAAGGUGUUUCCUUUUAGAGGGGUGUUUCAUCGUCAGAUGACUACCGCUGACCCAAUGCAGCGAAAACUCAGGGUACAGUCCUGAAGCGCGGGAAAACGCGAGUAAUGGAGUCGCGCUGUUUAUUUGAUCUUGCUUUUCAUUGGUCAAGAGUGUAGUGUGACCCCUUUACAAUAAGGACAGAGACUUGUUUGGGAAACCAAUGUAACCCUGGAGUUUCUCCAACAAGCACUCUGCUCAUAGCCCAAUACCGGUUUCUUUUUCCAUUCAUCUAGGUUUAUGAACUCUAUACAAGCCAUAGCCACUAAAGUCCCCUACAUGGCUCUACCAGGAAAUCACGAGGUACAUUUGAAAGAAGAAGAUGUCACAACCAGGCGGUUUUUCAUUUUCAUUUUUUAAUCUUCGCACUUUCAUUCUUACAGCAAAUGUAUAACUUCACUCACUUCGUUCACCGCUUCUCUAAUAUGGAGCUAGGCGUUGGAGAGACGAGCGGAAGUGGAACCAGUCUUUGGUAAAUGAAUUUUUUAGCCUAUUACAAAAUGUUCAAUUUACAUAUUCACCAGCUUCACAGAGCUAUUGUGGCUGAAUCGGGGAGCUCUUUUCCGUUUUUUUCUUUUCGGUUUGUUAGUUUCCAGCUUUUAAACAUACGUACAUUUAGUUCUUUCCUCAAAAAAACAUUCGAGAUAGCAAAUUUUAGUCCAUACAGUACAGUUUCCGUUUUCACCAGCUUUGGUGAUUUUUAUUCUUUAGUUUAGCUUCACCGGCCUUACUGAUUUUUAUUCUUCUAAGGUGGAGUAUGGACAUAGGACUUAUUCAUUUCGUGGCAUUCGACUCGGAGGUCUACUACUAUUAUUCCAAUAAGGUACCAUCUAUUUUCUUUGGUCCACAAUUAUUUAAACUGAAGAAUUUCACAGAGCACAGCUGAACGAUUAACUUCUUUUCCAAACAUGACUACCAUCACUUGAUAGAGAGAACGUCCUGAAGUAUAUAUUUCAACAGAUUUGAGACUGAUCGACCAACUAUCCAACGCUCUUGUGUUCCACGAUGAUUGCCGUUUGUCAUCAAGUGUUUCUUCUUUUCUUUUAUGAUGUCAUAUCACUGCUUGUCAAUUUGGGAGUGUCAGAACGUCAUUGACUCUAUUUCAUUAUUUGCAGGGUCAAAUUCAGAGACAACUUAAUUGGCUCGAGGCUGACUUAAUCAAGGUAAUGUCCACUCCCCAAAAUCGAAACUUCCUCGUGAAUCGAAAAAUCUUCACCUUCUCCUAAUGCAUUUGUUUGUUUUUUUGUUUAAAACUUGAUCAAGUUUUUAUCAAGUUUUAAACAACUUUAUUGAAAUUUUGUUUCGCUCUGUCGUCACUUUCCUCGAAUAGACGCGUUACACUUCAAACGCGAAUAACGUCCUCCAUUUUAACCCUUUUAUUCCCAUGUGUGACCAAAAGGAAAAUUCUCCCCACAAUAUCAACACGUUAGCGAGUAAAACGUUGUUGAGAAGAAAGAAAAAUAUCAGGAUCAAUAUCAGUAUCUGGGCAACUGCCCACCUACCCCUCCCCUAUUGUAACCAACAACAGUCUAUUGACAACAACUCAGGGUUAAUGUUGGGUUAGGGGAGGGGUAGGUGGGCAGUUGCCCAGAUGCUGAUAUUGAUCCAAAUAUUAAGUAGGGGACAUCAUCUUAUUUCACAUCAAACUCUCAAAGCUGAAAGUAUGAGAGCUGUAGGGCAGAAAGUGAGGAGAAUUUAUGUCUAUAUCUUGGGAGUGAAAGGCUUAAUGUUCAGAAAUUAUUUGAUAGCACCUUUGAGCCUGAACUUGAGGAGAGUAAGUAUUUCAAUAAAACUACUGUUGUGAUUAGCAGAACAAAUCUUGUUUGUUCUUCCACAAAAUUAACUUUCAGUAGCCAGAAAUUUGCGUUUCAGUAAAAUGGCCACCUCGCGCGCUAUGAGGCAAUCAUCGAUCACUUAGCUCGCAAAUUACUAUUCAACCACUUGAGCAAUCAUGCUGAUUAGACACUGGCAAUUUUCUUUUUAAAGGCAAACCAAAACAGAGAGAGGACACCAUGGAUAGUUUCCCUUGCCCACAAGGUACUGGUUGAGUUGUGAACUGUUAAAUUUGUUUGCGUCACAGAAUAAGUUCACAGCAGUGAUUAUAGUUCAGCUACGGAGAAGACGUUUUUUUCUUUUUUCUUUGUGGUGCUCGAUGAAAAGAAAGGUAACCAGGGCGAGAAUGCGAAAGCAACGGAAAAUUGACAGGUUUCUUCCUUUUUUCCUUCCUACGUGCUCCAGCGCUUCGCCAAUCGUUUUCUCAGCUUUGCCAUUCAUCACUGCAAUAACUUUUCAUAAUUGCUUUUUGAUACGGAAAUGACAAAUCAUAAGGGAUCUGGAACAUGCAUGCUUCUGUCCUAACUUGCGCCUUCUUUGUUUGACCCAUUUUGUUCCAUAUUAUUUCCCAGUCAUGGUUCAUGGAGAAGACGGAUUUUUCUGUUUUUGGUCCACUUUUACAUAAGUAUGGUGUGGACUUACAUCUAUGCGGCCACGCACACAACUAUCAGCGGCUCUACCCAAGUAAGUGACCGUGUAAGAUUCUUUCCAUGGUUCGUGAGUGUCUCGAUUGAAAAAAACCAAACAACAAAACAAACAAGAAAACAACAUUAAGAGGUGUUAUUUCCUUUGACAUAUGACACAAAAAAAUCUAAGUUACUACAAUUUGCAUAUCGGAAAGGAAUCGAACUGAAUUGAUGAAAAUGUGACAAGGGACACUUCUAGGAAAAUUAAGACUAACAAAACACUUUUUUUACUAGAAUACCUGUCAACUCUCUCGAAGCCUAUGACUUGUAAACCAGUCAAAACUCAGGAAUUGCAAUAUGCUAUGGUUGGUUUUACAUAAUACAGGAGGUUUUCCAGUCAUAUUACAUGGGAUUUUGAAAUUUUCACACGACUUCCGAACAUUUUCUUAAGAGUUGUGAUGACACUUUGUUUGGAAUACAAUUGUGAAAGAGGUAAAUGAGGAAAACUGGCCACCAAAAUAUCAAUAACAUCUGAAGUUUUUAAACUUGGAGAUGACUUGUAAACAUUUGAUGUGAAAAAGGAGUCGAAACUCGUGAGUUAGGCUCAAAUGGUAGUUCUGUAUAUGUUUGAGAUCGAUGUUUUCGAUUAGCACGUGUGAGACUCAUGUGACAUUCACUUGAAAAUCACGUGUGUGAGGGUUGGCAGGUAUAACUUACGUCUGAGAAGGUUCUACUCCAGUCCAUAGAUGCGUUAUAUUCAGUUUUCCGUGAAGCGAUUUCAGACGAUUUCUCCAUUAACAAUAUUGUUGUUCUGAAACAGCUUACAACGACAGUGUGGAGUAUCCAACAGACAAUCAUGUUUAUGUAAAUCCUAAGUUCAACACAGUCAUUGUCGCGGGAUCUGCUGGAUCUCACGAAAAACUCUCCAACUGGACUCGUGCGCCUGACAGAAUGUCGGCAAAAUACAUCUACGACUAUGGGUAGGUCGGUAGGGAGGCAUAUUUUUAGGAUCGUCAUGGAUAGGUUGGGGAGUGGAACUUGUAUAACUAGAACAUCGAUCACGAAUCCUUGUGGAUACAUGACACAGUGAUAUGUAUAUCAGUGAUUGGAAGUUUGUCGCUGAACCGGAAAGGUGGAAUAUUUGAGAUGUAACUCAAAAAAGGGUUGUACUCUCUCCAAUUUACGAUUUACGGUUUUUUUUUGUGGUGUGAAUUAUACUAUAAUGUGAAUUCAUGAUUCAUUUCGGUCGUUUAAUUCAUUCACAAAAUAUUCUAUCGAAUGACAGCAAUUUAAGUCGUUGCUAUGCGGAGGAUAGAAUUUUCGGGUUUCGGUCGGGAAUUUUUUGUUUCUAAAAGUUUUGCCUCUUUCGCACCACCCUGUCAUUUUUGAACGAUUAGUACCACCUGCGCGUCUAAUAAAUUAGCAAUGUUCUAGUAGAGCAAUAGAAAAACUGUUUUUUUUCGAAUAUAAUUUGUGUGUGUGAGAGCUUAACCUUCAUUUCCCCCCCCCCCUUCACGCCUCCUUUGUGGUUCCUGCCAGAGGUCAGAUGGAUGUAUUUUGCCAGAUCAUUCAAAGGCCAAAGCAGAGACCUUUCCUUGCGAAUUUACCAUGGUCAGGAAUAUUUUCUUUUUCUAACAGAAUUUAAUUGUUGAUUCCAGCUUACGGCGGUAAAGUGGAUAAUCAAACAGAAGAACAUGUAUAUACUAACCCUGAUUACAUAACGAUCAUUGUGGCCGGAUCUGCGGGUUCAAGGGAAAAGCUGUCCGGUGGUACAGCUCCCCCAAAAGAUCUGGCAAAAUACAUCGAAGAUUAUGGGUUAGUAGUAUUCUCGUCCAGAGGAGGGGGACUACUGAAGGCGGCAGGGAGGGGAAAGUGUGAAAUUCUCAUGUUUCAGUACCAAGUUCGUCUCAAUGGGAUUAACUGUUAACUGUAAAACGGCCGUAAGAUUUAACCGUUAGGCGUAAAAAUUUGUCAAGUUUUAACCGUUAGUCGUGAAAAAGUAGUUAAACGUAAAAAAAUCUUUCUGUUGACCGCAGUGGAAAGUAUUAACCUUUAGCCGUAAACUGGCCAAAAUUUUAUCUGUUAGCCAUAAAAGCCAUCACCCCAUUGAGACCCUCGUCUUACAAUGAUCCUGUGGCAGAACUGGGAUGAUUAAUUUACUCGGGUGCUUUUUGACUAAGUAUCAUAAAACUUAAAUUUAAGUUGUUAUGACGGGCAAGCACAAAGAAUUUCAGGAACAGCUUGAUGUGCGAAUAAAUGGGGAAGGGGGGGGACUUUUUUCCUGUAGCAUGUUAAUCAGCAUAUGAAGAUUCUUCUCCUUGUAAAGUUCCUAACCCUUUGUGAAUUACAUUCAGGGCCGCUUAAAUUUAUCGAGGAUGUCUAUAUAUAUUUUUUUAAAAUAAUGGUAGCUCUGCGCUUGAUCAAAAAUCCUAUUAUCUCAUGGUCUACUGAGCAGAUUAAACCAGCUGUACUAAUAUAAUGUCGUCGUUGUCUUCUCUCUUCAGCUAUGGUCACCUACAGGCAAUCAACAAGACCCAUUUGUACUGGAGCUGGGAGAACACACACGAAAACGUCCGGCCUGCAAUGCAAGACUACCUUUGGAUCGUUCAGGAGCAUCAUGGCCCUCGGCCAAGCUUCUUUAACGAGGAGCAACAUCAAGUUCUAAAAGAAUUGAACGACUUCAAGUCAAAAAGCAUUAAAGUUUAA